AUGACUGCCUCUGCCAUGAUCAACCAGGUGCCCGGGCCCGUGUCCAAGGCCACCUCGGACAAGCUCAACACCAUUUUCGACGCACGUGCUGUGCACUUUGUCGUUGACUAUGACAAGAGCGAGGGGACAUAUAUUGUUGACGUCGACGGCAACAAAUACCUAGAUGUGUACUCUCAAAUCGCUUCUAUCCCUGUUGGCUAUAACAAUGCCGCCCUCGCGGCUGCUGCCAAGUCCCCAGACAUGAUCUCUGCCCUCAUCAACCGUCCCGCCAUCGGCAACUACCCCUCGGCCAAGUGGCACGACGUUCUCAAGGACGGCCUGCUGCGCGCCGCGCCGCCCGGCUUGGAUAAGAUCUUCACCGCGCAGUCUGGCUCCGAGGCCAACGAGCUGGCCUACAAGGCCGCCUUUAUGCUGUACCGCCGCAAGCAGCGCGGCGAGGCCGGCAGCCCCGACUGGACGCCUGAGGAGGUGUCCUCGUGCCUCGACAACGCCAAGCCCGGCUCGCCCGACCUGGCCAUCAUGAGCUUCGCCAACUCGUUCCACGGCCGCGGCUUCGGCAGCCUGUCGACGACGCGCUCCAAGGCGGUGCACAAGCUCGACAUUCCGGCCUUCAACUGGCCCCAAGCACCAUUCCCGCAGCUCAAGUACCCGCUGGCGAAGCACGCCGAGGCGAAUGCCGCCGAGGAGAAGCGCUGCCUGGCGAAGAUCGAGGAGAUCAUCACGUCGUGGCACUGUCCCGUGGCGGGCCUGAUUGUCGAGCCGAUCCAGAGCGAGGGCGGCGACAACCACGCGUCGCCAGCGUUUUUCCAAAGCCUGCGCGCGCUGACGAGCAAGCUCGGCGUGUGUCUGAUUGCCGACGAGGUGCAGACGGGCUUUGGCGCGACGGGCAAGUUUUGGGGCCACGAGCACUGGCAGCUCGAGUCGCCGCCGGACAUGGUGACGUUUUCCAAGAAAGCGCAGACGGCGGGCUACUUUUUCGGGAACCCGAUGCUGGUGCCCGACAAGGCUUACAGACAAUUCAACACCUGGAUCGGCGACCCUGCACGGGUCUUGCUGAGCAAGGCCGUUGUCGAGGAGAUUCUCGACAAUAAGUUGGUUGAGCAGUGUGCGCGUGUUGGCGACGUUUUGUACGCGGAGCUGGAGAAGCUGGCUUCCAAAUACCCUAGCCAGGUUCAGAACCUUCGCGGCAAGGGACAAGGAACAUUCAUUGCUUUCGAUGUCCAAGAUCCAGUCAGCUUCGUUGCGGCGAUGAAGAAGCGUGGCGUCAACAUUGGAACCUGCGGUGUUUCCACUGUUCGCCUUCGCCCAAUGCUCAUCUUCGACGAGACUCACAUCCCUAUCCUGAUCAACACCAUGGACGCCGUGCUAUCUGCCCUGUAG